GAGAGUAAACUUCCUGUUUAUAAUUCAUCGCUCUGAAAAGGGAAUGUCCAAUCGCUGACGUGCUUACAGCUCCGUGUCUUCUUUGGAGAGAUGCAGGCGGCGGUGAGGACACUCUACGCAGCUCUGAUGGCUCUUUCAGGCUUGGCCUCCAUCUGUGGGAAUGUUCUCCUCCUGCUGGUGUUGUUCUUCAACCGUGAGCUCCAGACUGAAACGGUGCCUCUGACUCUCAGCUUCAGCCUCAGUGACCUUGUCCUUGGACUCACCACCAUCCCCUUUGGAGUCCACAACAGCUUGGCCUGGCCCACCAGCUACCUGGAUGAAGGCGCCUUGUGCCAGGGCAGCGGCUUCAUCUUCCUCAUCCUGCAGACAUCCUCCAUGCACUCACUGACCUGGGCCACUGUGGACAAGUUCACAGAGAUAUGCUUUGCACUAACUUACAGCAGCAUCUGGACGGCCAAGCGGACACGGGCCAUCCUUGCUUUGGUCUGGCUCUUCUGCUUGGUGAUUGCCUCCCUGCCCCUGCUGGGAAUCGGCAGCUAUGGUUACAGCGAAUCGCGGUUCCUGUGUUGUCUGGGGUUCAGCACAGACAGCACAUACUUCACGGCACUGUGGAUGGUGACGGCCGUCGUGUUGCCCGUCCUGACCGUGUGCUCUCUGCAUGGGUAUAUCGUCUACAUUGGCAGGAAACAGGCACAGAGGGGCACGUUCAUGUGCAAUGAGCUGCACUGCUUCUACGUCCCUGCAAACAACUACCUCAAGAGCUCCAUAGUGAUGGUGACAACCUCAGUUUGUCUGCUGGUGUGUUGGCUGCCCUACAUCUCAGUGUGCCUAUAUGAGACCUUCUCCAGAAAACAGAGUCCAGCAGUGGCUUCUGCCUUCUCCACUUGGCUCGUGCUGACCAGUGCUGCCCUCAACCCGUGGGUCACCUGCAUGAUGCAAAGGUAAGGCCUUGUGCACACACACAGACUAAUGCCCAUGUUAUAUGUGUCA